UUUAAAUUCUCCACCUGUCAGAGAGAGGCAGGACUUCCUGUACUUGUUAGAACGACCGCCGGAAGUGACUGCGGACGAAUCGGCGUUUGCCGAGGGUGGCAUAGAUUUGGCUGUCUCCGCUCAUAGCUGCUUUUGGCGCGAAAGAUGCCGGGUCUGGUUGACUCAAACCCUGCCCCGCCUGAGUCUCAGGAGAAGAAGCCGCUUAAGCCCUGCUGCGCUUGCCCGGAGACCAAGAAGGCGCGCGAUGCGUGUAUCAUCGAGAAAGGAGAAGAACACUGUGGACAUCUAAUUGAGGCCCACAAGGAAUGCAUGAGAGCCCUAGGAUUUAAAAUAUGAAAUGGUGGUCUGCUGUGUGAGUAAAUAAUUCCUGAAGAAUGAAGAAGAUUAAUUUUGGGAGUUCUUCGAUGAACAUUGAUAUGUGGAAAAAGUAUUUAUAAUUUAUUGUAAGAAGAAAGUAAAAUAUUACUAGUGGAAGAUCUUCAGUUUUGUUUCUUUUUUGUGUUCCUCAUUUGCUCACGUGGCUUUUUCCCCCAAAGGAUAUAUACCAACAAAUCUUGUAACAUAAGGUUCUUAUGUUCUUAUUACUAUGUCAUUCUGGGAACUCUGGAUAUCUGUUGUCAGGAGAAAGCAGAUACUGAUCUCAGCCAAUGAAAUCUCCAGAAUUAGGUGCAUAGAAGUAAAAUAACCCUUUACCAAUUCAGAAUCAGUGUGGUAGCCAUAUCAUAUCAUUCAACACUCUCUCUUUUUUUUUUUUUUAACUUUCUUAAAGGUAAGAACAAGCCUUUAGUCUUAUUACUUAAACCAUUAUUGUUAUUCUUUACUAGCUGUCUUUUGGAAAAGUUAGUUUAGAUUUUGGACCAGAUUAGGGUGAUUUGGCUUGGAAGAUCUCAACUGUUUGGCAUUAUGAAUCUGUACACGAGUAGUUACAUUUUAAAAUAGACUAGGAUCUUAAGUUUCGUGCCUACAGGGUAGACAGUUGUCUCUUAUUAAUUAGAAGCUGGCUUAGGCUAGAUACUGAAUUGGUACUAAACGUCACUAAUCAAACAGCUCAGUGCUAUGCCAUGGUGAUGCCUGGAGUUGAACAGAGUGUGAUUUCCUUAGUAUAGCAACCUUGUCAUCCUCAUAGCUGCUGAUGGGCUAAUGAAGUAUGAUCAUAUUCUGCUUGUAAGUACAUUGAGUCUAAAAUCUCAAGAACAAAAGAUACUGAGAACAUAAUUAAGAGGAUAUGUAAUGUUCAUGUGUCAUUGUGUGAUGGGAAAAGUCCCUCCUUUAUAAAAUAAGGAGCUGAAUCAGAUGAUUCCUUAAGAUUCUUUCCUAAUUCAUUAAGAGCAUGGCUUUGAUGUAUGACAGACUUAGGUUCAAUAGCUGGCUAUGUGACCUCAAGCAAGGCAUAGCUUCUUUGGGUCUGUUUUUCUCGGCUGAAAAAAAAAAAAA